AUACUUCUCUACUCACUGAAAUCACCUUUACCUGGCGAAAAAGCCCUUUUUUGAUUGUUGCCACAUGUGAGAGAUAUUCCUUGUGUGCGACCAAGAGCCUGAGGAGGACGACCCACAUCUCCUGGAAACCAAACACCAGCGACUUUGACAGUCGUCAUGCCCUUGUUCACGAACCAAAGAGGCUUAAAUCGACUUAGAGUCAAGUAUUUCACCUUCCAUAUACCAUCUGGUCAUCCGCAGUCCCUUCUUUUAUUUAUUUGCUGUAUCGUUUGCCUUCUGUCUGAUGCUUGUCAUCCUUGGAGCGUCUAUCAAAGGUGGCGUUCAAAAACAGCGAAUCAUAUCAGGCUAGUAACUUCUAGCAUAGCUGUUACGACUGUCGUUUCGGAAUGUAGUGCGCGUCUAGGCACCCGGCGUACUAGGCAACAGUAACAGCCAACAAUAAGGACCCUGACGCAAAUUGAUUGAAUAGUAGGUUAUAAUUGGUGAGCGGUAAGUAUGCCCAAGGAGCAAAUAUU